GAUCCCUACCCAUUUGACCUAUUAAUUUGUAGCCCUACACAUAGUGGCCAACAGAUCUUUGCUAUUUUUACCCAGCCCCAACUCGCAAUAGUUGGUUUUCUGUUACUAGUUUUUUUAGAAACCACGAAAGCUGUUCUUGUUGCCCAAAAAUUGGUUGCCUUCCUCUUAUAUCUGCCUCACUGGGGAAGUUAUAUUCUUCCAAGCUUGCCCUAGGGCAAGGUUUCGAACCCUUCCCCCCUCCUCUCCCAAUCUUCAAAAAAGAGAGGAUUUUUUAUCAGUUUCUUUGCACCCCAUAUGGCUGAAAUGCAUGCACUAUCAAAGUGUUGAAAGAAAUUAAUCGGGUCGAGUAAUUUCUCUCCACAAACUGCUCUGCAGAAAGAUACCUUUUUUUCCGCAGAGAAUGGAGAAGAAAGGGUCGACCAUGUUGCUGGGGAAGUAUGAGCUGGGGAGGCUUCUCGGCCAAGGCACGUUCGCGAAGGUCUACCAUGCCCGGAACAUAAAAUCGGGCCAGAGCGUGGCGGUUAAGGUCAUCGACAAGGAGAAGGUGAUGAGAGUUGGUUUGAUUGACCAGAUCAAGCGAGAGAUCUCGGUUAUGAGAUUGGUUCGGCACCCUAACGUCGUCCAGUUGUACGAGGUGAUGGCGAGCAAGACGAAGAUCUAUUUCGCGAUGGAGUAUGUCAGGGGCGGGGAGCUGUUCAACAAGGUGGCCAAGGGAAAGCUCAAGGAAGACGUCGCCCGGAAGUACUUCCAGCAGUUGAUUGCCGCGGUGGAUUUCUGCCACAGCCGCGGUGUCUACCACCGCGACCUGAAGCCAGAAAACCUCCUGCUGGACGAGAACGGGAAUCUGAAGGUGUCUGAUUUCGGACUGAGCGCAUUGUUCGAGUCAAAGAGGCAGGACGGGCUCCUCCACACCACGUGUGGGACGCCCGCCUACGUUGCCCCGGAAGUGAUCAACAAGCGAGGGUACGAUGGGGAGAAGGCGGAUAUCUGGUCUUGCGGGGUUGUGUUAUUCGUACUUUUGGCGGGUUAUCUUCCGUUUCACGACUCGAAUUUGAUGGAGAUGUACAGAAAGAUAAGCAAAGGCGAUUUCAGGUGCCCUCAAUGGUUCCCACCCGAGGUUAGGAAGCUUUUGUCGAGAAUUCUCGAUCCAAAUCCUCACUCGAGAAUAACCUUAUCCAAGCUCAUGGCCAAUUCUUGGUUCAAGAAAGGGUUCAAACCGAUCGAAAACCCCGUGGUAGCCGAUCAGGACAACGAUAUAUCGCCUAGGAGCCUCCUAGACUUCAACGCGUCGUUUGAGUCCGAUUCGGAGGGAAGUUACGGGAAGAGAGUGCCGGAUCGAGCAACAACUAGUAGUGGCACGAGUGCCAUGCGUCCGACGUGCAUGAACGCGUUCGACAUCAUCUCGCUCUCCCCGGGGUUCAAUCUCUCGGGCCUUUUUGAGAGGGAGAAGAAGAGCCAGAAGGCGGAGGAGUCGCGGUUCACGACCAGGAAACCGCCGUCGGACAUCGUGUCGAGACUGGAGGAGAUAGCGAUGAUGGAGAGCUUCAGGGUGAAGAAGAAGGACGGGGUGGUGAAGCUGCAGGGGAGCAAAGAAGGGAGGAAGGGGCAGCUGGCGAUAAACGCGGAGAUAUUCGAGGUGGCGCCGUGUUUCCACAUGGUGGAGGUGAAGAAGGUGGCCGGGGACACGCUGGAGUACCAGGAGUUUUGUGACAAUGGGUUAAAGCCUUGUCUCAAGGACAUAGUUUGGAACUGGCAAGGGUCUGAGCAACAAGAAGAAGAAGAAGAAGAAGAAAAAUGCUAAGAUGUUGUUGGAAUGCCCUUAUCCUUUAUGCAAAACUAAUUUUGCUCCUUUUUACAUAUGCACACACUGGCCCUUCCCUUCGUCACUUGUUGGCUUUGAUUGUGGUGAAGCUGCCAAAGAAGGCCAAUUAUUGGGUAUUCCCGGAGUACAAUGUGGCAUUGUCAUGAGAUAGUUUUCGCAAGAUUCCGGGAAGGCUGGGAGAGAGGGAGAGAGACAGAAAGAAUGGUGUGCAUUCUCGGAUAUUCCAUUUUUUUCCGGUACUGUUUUGUCAGUGUUGCAAUAUAGUUAGGCGAUCUUUCAUUUCGAUUUUUUUGAUUAAAAAAAAAAAGGACAAGAUUCUCUGUAUCUAAACUUUUUUAUGCUGUAUCUGUAUACACUUCUAGCAGUACAAUUAUGAUUCA